CUAUUUAACACCCCCAGUAAAAAGAAGUUACAACUUUGGAACCAGAUUUCCACCGCUAUGUCAAACCGAUACUACCACCAACACAGGUCAUACUUUGACCGGUUGAAUUAUUCUUCGGAAUAAAAAAAUAUUAUUAAAUUUAAAUUAUAUUGGUCAACCUAGAUUAUAAUAUUACUUUAUUUCAUUUUGACUUUCAGAUCUUCAACGUAUAAAUAGCCACCGUAUCUUCAGAUUCAAACUCAAACACAAAUACAAAAUGGACUGCAGAGACUCCAGCGAAAGUCAAUCAAAGUACAGAGGAAUCCGUCGCCGGAAAUGGGGAAAAUGGGUAUCGGAGAUUAGAGUUCCGGGAACUCGAGACCGUCUCUGGCUAGGCUCAUUCUCCACCGCAGAAGGCGCAGCCGUAGCGCACGACGUAGCUUUCUACUGUUUACACCAACCAAACUCACUCGAAUCUCUCAAUUUUCCUCACCUCCUUCCUCCUUAUAUCGCUUCCAGUAAUACUUCGCCGAGGUCUAUCCAGCAAGCUGCUUCCAAUGCCGGGAUGGCAGUUGACGCGGGGAUCGUUAACGGUAACGGCGUGACAGGGAACUCUGGGUGUGGACAUACGACGGCGUAUUGUGGGAAUGGAGGUGAAGUAAUGGAGCCGUUGAAUAUUUCGGUGUAUGAUUAUCUGGACGGUGAUCACGUUUGGUCUUCUUCUUUUUGAUUUAAAAGAUAAUACAGCUACUAAAACAGUGUUGGAGAAUGGAGAUGGAGCCACUUGUAAGCAAACCAAAAUGGUUGUGGAUAUACGUGUGCAUUUAUAUUUCAAUGUCGAACCAAUUCAAGAAACUUUUUUUUUUUUUUUGUAACUAGAAACUUUUUUUUUGUAAAUUUAAAAAAGCCUUGAAGAAAAUUAAAUCGUCACUAGGUUCAUUGAACCAGACAAGAACCAGCAAACAC